AUGUUUACCCAUUAUGCUAAAGCGUUUGGCUAUAGGCCAAUAAAGCUACUACAAUUUAGACGUUCUGUCAAAACAUUAACUAUGGAUUGGAAACCUAUGAAGGCUGUUCCUGGUAAUUUGCGUACUAUUGAACAUCAAGCUAAAAUCCCUAUUAUUCGUCGAUUUCUUUUAGGAUUAAUGUAUGCUAUGCCAAUUAUAUCAUUUGGUUUAGGAUGUUGGCAAGUUAAAAGAUUAAAUUGGAAAACUGAUUUAAUUGCUAAAUGUGAAAACAACCUUGCUGCUCCUAUUAUCCCUGAAUUACCACCAAAUUUGGAUCCAACGGUUAUUGCAGAUUUCGAAUAUCGUCGUUUUAAAUGUAAAGGACAUUUUGAUUAUGAAAAUGAAAUGUUCUUAGGACCAAGAUUAAGAAAUGGUGAAGUUGGAUACCUUGUUGUUACACCAUUUAUUAGAGAAAAUGGUGGGGAUCCGAUUUUAAUUGAACGUGGUUGGAUUCAAAAAAGUAAAGUUGUUCCAGAAACUAGAUCAUCUGGUUAUUUAUCACAUUUAGCCCUACCAAAAGGUCAAAUUGAAAUUGAAGCAUUGUUUAGAAUCAUGCCUACUAGAUCAACUUUACAAUUUGAACAUGAGGAAGGAAGUAAACUUUUCCAUUUCCCUGAUGUUCCUGCUAUGGCAGAACAAAGCGGAUCUUUACCGAUUUAUUGUCAAAUGAUCUAUGAUUUAAGAGACCAUGUUGAUUGGAGAAAAGAUGAAAAUUCCAAAGGGGCUAAAUCUUCAUUAUUGGGUAAGUUGUUCUUCUCUAAAGGUAGUGAAUCUGAUGCUCAAUUUAUUGCUCACAAUACUGAACAUGAUGAUACUUUACAAUAUCAAGAAUUUGAGUUUGCCAACGAAGGUGUGCCUAUUGCUGCUAAACCAUUCAUCAAAUUCACCAAUAACCACUUGCAAUAUUUGAUCACUUGGUUUGGAUUGUCAGUGGGAAGUACAAUAUUGUUAAUCUAUUCCAUUUGGAAGAGUAAACAGUUUGCUAGUGCCGACAAGAUAUUGGCAGCAAAAAGAAAAGACAUGCAAAGACAAGCGUGA